AACGCGCUGUACAGAAGUUAAGGACAGUAAAAUAAUACAACGCUUUUAAACGUAGUCAUAUGUUGUUAUGUAAUACUAGAACUGUGGCCUUUCUGACACGUGCAUUUAGAAUGUAACACCGUAAAUAACGUUACGUUUUUAACAUGCGUUAAUAAAGUGUCACGUGACCAGUACUUUGGUUUCUCUUAAGUACUCCACGAGAGCUACGAUGGAUCCAGCGGAAGAGACCCCAUCGAUGUUGUGGGGGCUGGACCCGAUCUUUUCUGCCUUCGCCAGGCUGUAUGUCAGAGACAUCCUGCAGAUGACAGAGUCCACACAGGUGCCAGGUAUUUACUUCUACAACUCCCAUCCAAUCUAUAAAGUUGAUGUACUUGGGACAGUGGUAUACAAGAGAGAAAGAGACGACUUCUUCUGUUAUGGAGUGGACGACGGUACUGGCGUAAUAAACUGCCUAUGUUGGAAAAAUGACCUGUUGAAAGAGGAGGCGAAUCCUACUAAAUCAGGGGGAAAACACGGCGACGGGGCUGAGGGAGGCUUUGACCCCGCCACUGAACUGGAGAAGCUGAGACGGGCCCAGCAGAGCCGCUGCCACCUGGAGAUCGGAGAGCUGCUCCGAGUCAGAGGGCCGGUGAAGACGUCGAGGCAACAGAGAGAAAUCAUGGCCUCCACUUACUAUAAAGUGAACGACCCAGUGAUGGCGGUCCAGAUAGCGUGGAUGAUGGAGGUUCCUCAGCUCUACAGACAGUGCUAUGACAAACCCCCUCAGCUGCAACCUACUGCAACGGGUGACUCAAGCAUCAGUUCCCUCAGCAAGGCGACGAAUACCAUCAAGGAUUUCUUUAAGCAGAAGUCGGUGAGCAGGUUCAGACCCUAUGAUGUCCAGGACCUCCUGCAGCCUCUCAUCUCCAGCCAGCCUCCGGCAGCAUCAGCAGACCAGGAGCCUGUGGCGGGUCCAUCUGCAUGCCAGCAGCUCCGCCAGCUCCUGAAGGAGGCGCUGCAAAUUUUACAGGACGAGGGUAUCGUGUACCGCAAAGUCAAAUCCCAGGACGAAGUCUACCAUGUGACUGCACAUGACACAGAUCUACGCAUGGCCGUCAAAGACAUUAUCAGGGAGGACUCCAAGAGGGAGAAGUAUGCAGAGAAGGGUUGCCACAUCCUGCACAUCCUGUCUGCAGUCAGGCAGCGCUACAGCCUCAACGUGAGCAAAGCGGCACUGGAGCUGGUCCUCAAAUCACUGGAGUGCAACAGUGACAUCGUCAGUACCAGCGACAGCCAUUACACUGUGUUUUAACAUGAGCCCAGUGGAGUCAGGAACCCAGUAUUACUGUGUAUACUCUAUAGCAUGGCUUAUUGCUCUUAAAUGUGAGCGUCCAAUAUGUUUAAGUAAUAUAAUGCCGUUUGAUUACCUUCGUACAUCAUGACUAAUACUGCUAUAAGUGUGGCAUUUGUCAAUAUCAGUUGAACUGCAUAUUUGUUGUUUUAUUUUAAGUGAGUGUUCUAAGGUUACAUAUUAAGUUAAAAAUAAAUGUGUGCCUUAUAUAAUUAAGAAGAAGGACAUCAGGGAAGCGUUCAAGGCCACUAUGCACUGUUGCAAAUAUUUAUGAUAGUAGCAAUGCUCAAAUAAAUAGGAAAUAAAUAACAGACCAGGCAA